AUGAAGGGGUCUAAAGACAAAGCUCGGAAGCGGCUUCGCAGCGAACCCGAAAAUGCAGAAAUUGCCGCAAAAAAGAAACGCAAAGAGCCCGCCCCCAGCCCGCAAGCAGAAGACGACUCUGCUGCCAGCAACUCCGCCGACGAGAAGCCGCAGCAGCAGCAGCAGCAGCAGCAGGAGGCGGAAGCAGCCCCAGCAGCAGCUGCUGCUGACGGGAGCUCAGCAGCAGCAGCAGCAGCUCCUGCUGCUGCUGCAGAGCCCUCCUCUUCGGACUCGAACGCGCCUGCAGGUCCUUCGGGAGGAUUUUUUUCAGAAGUUUUAUUUGAAAGUUUGGACAUUUGCGAGCCAGUGAAGAAAGCCCUCAAAGAAAUGAAAAUGGAAAGACUCACAGAAAUUCAGGCCAAGUCCAUUCCCAGGCUCCUCGAGGGCAAAGAUGUCCUCGGCGCAGCCAAAACAGGGUCGGGGAAGACCCUGGCGUUUCUGGUUCCUGCGCUGGAGCUGCUGUACCAGGUGAAGUUCCUGCCGCGGAACGGAACUGGAGUUUUGGUGAUAUCGCCAACUCGAGAAUUGUCUUUGCAGAUUUUCGAAGUGGCAGCAGAAGUGGCGAAGUUUUUGCCGCAGACGCUGGGGCUGGUGAUCGGCGGGGCCAACCGCCGCAGCGAAGUCGAGAAACUCAACAGAGGAAUUAAUGUUCUGGUGGCCACUCCGGGGCGGCUGCUGGACCACUUGCAAAACACGCGGGGCUUCGUCUACAAGAACCUCCUCUCGCUCGUGAUCGACGAGGCCGACAGAAUCCUCGAAAUCGGAUUCGAAGAGGAAAUGAACGCCAUUUUGAAUCUUCUUCCCAAAACAAGACAAACUUGUUUGUUUUCCGCCACGCAAACGGCCAAAGUCGCGGACUUGGCGCGGCUUUCCCUCAAGAAACCCGUCCUCGUGCAAGUGCAGAACUCCGUCGCCACAGUGUCCGGACUGCAGCAGGGAUUUAUAGUGUGUCCUGCAGAACAGCGCUUUUUGCUGCUGUUUACAUUUUUGAAAAAGAAUCGGGACAAGAAAGUAAUGGUUUUCUUCAGCAGCUGCAUGUCUGUGCGCUUCCAUGAUGAACUCUUCAACUACAUCGACCUUCCCACCACUUGCAUCCACGGAAAAAAGAAACAAGCCGCCAGAAUGUCCACUUAUUACGAAUUCUGCGAAGCAGAGAAGGGAAUUUUGCUCUGCACCGACGUCGCGGCCAGAGGCCUCGACAUCCCCAAAGUGGACUGGAUCGUGCAAGUGGACCCGCCGGACGACCCGCGGGAGUACAUACACCGCGUGGGCCGCACGGCGCGGGGCGCGGGCGGGCGGGGCAAAGCAUUAAUGUUUUUGAUGCCGGAAGAGUUGGGUUUUUUGCGUUAUUUGAAAAAGGCGGGAGUUCCUCUAAAUGAGUAUUCUUUUCCAGCUUCCAAGCUCGCCAAUGUCCAGACACAGCUCGAAAGGCUCAUUGAAAAAAACUACUAUCUCCACAAGUCCUCCAGAGACGCCUACAGGUCCUACUUGCACGCCUACGCCUCCCACGGCCUCAAAGACAUCUUCAAUGUCUACAACUUGGACUUGCAGCGAGUGGCUCGCGCUUUUGGCUUUUCUGUGCCUCCAAAAGUGGAUUUAAACUUAAAAGCAAAGGGAAGAACAGCAGCAGACAAAAAGAAAAGUAAAUGUAACGCCAGCGGCCACAAAUUCUCCGCCGCCAACCCGUACGGCGUGAGGGCCCCUGGAGACAAGCGUCAGUUUUGUCACUAG